ACCAUCUCGUCGUGGCACAAUGAACACGACCACGACGGCCCUAGAGCCUUUGUUCACGCUCCUUUCUCAAUCCUAUACUACCCUUGAGACGACCUUCUCCAAGAUACCCGGUUCUGCUGUUGUUGCUCGUUAUGUCAGGUCUUCACAUCAGAACGAUCCCGGCCGCACUCUCCUCGAGGUCAUCCUAAUCCUCUUCGCGAUCCGGACGUUGUUACAGUCACGAACACGUGCGGAUAACUCAGGGAAACACUUCAUUAAAUUUGACGAGAAAGAAGUUGACGAGCUGGUUGACGAAUGGACUCCAGAACCUCUGGGUGCACCUCUUGAUGAGCGGGAGCAGGCAGAGAUCGACAACUCUCCGGUAAUUGUUGGACCAGUCGGACCCAAGCCUAAGCUCUCGAACGGAAAGACGGUUACGAAUCUCGCCAGUUACAACUUUACUGGUCUUGCUGGUAACGAGACCAUCAAAGAACGCUCUAUCGACGCUCUAGUGAAGUAUGGUCUUGGAAGUUGUGGGCCUCCAGGUUUCUAUGGCACUCAAGACGUUCACAUGCAAUUGGAGAAAGACAUCGCGGACUUCUUGGGUACCGAGGCCGCUAUCAUUUACGCUCAAGCCUUUUCAACCAUCUCCUCCGUUAUCCCGGCCUUCUGUAAACGUGGAGACAUCAUCAUCGCUGACCGUGGAGUCAACUUCGCUAUCCAGAAAGGCUUACAAAUUUCUCGUUCGACUAUUAGGUGGUAUGACCAUAACGACUUGAAGAGCUUGGAACAGGUGCUGGAGAGUACGGAGAAGGAGAGACGUAAGAAGAAAGGUCCGCUCACGCGCCGUUUCAUCGUCACGGAGGGUAUCUUCGAUCACGACGGGGCUAUGUCUGAUUUGCCUAAACUCGUUGAGCUCAAGCAGAAAUACAAGUAUCGUCUUAUUUUGGACGAGAGUGUUUCUUUCGGCAGUAUCGGCAGGACAGGACGCGGCUUAACUGAGCUCUACAACGUUCCGGCGUCACAAGUGGAUAUGCUUGUCGGCUCCCUUGCGAAUGGCUUGACUGCUUGUGGUGGUUUCUGUGCUGGUUCGCACAUCGUUGUCAAUCACCAGCGUAUCAACGGCACCUCAUUUGUGUUCUCUGCCGCCAUGCCGCCAUUGCUCAGCGUGGCUGCCUCGGAGGGGAUCAACAUUCUGCGCAGCACACCGUCUAUCCUCAGCACUCUGCAAGAGAAUAUCCGCGCUAUCCGCUCGAUACUGGAUAGGGUAGACUGCAUUGCGAUCCCUGCACACCCUGCUUCACCGAUGAUUCACUUGUAUGUCCGCCUACCAUCACCGACGCACCUGUUGCCCUCCGCUGCUCUUGCGUCACCUGCAUUGAGUUCCGCAUCAGGGAGACUUUCCAAUCCCUCGUCGCCCCACCCGCGAGACCCCGAGAUCUUCGACUGUGACCUGGAGGAUGGGAUUCUGCAAGAUAUCGUUGACGAGGUGCUGGCGCAGGGCGUGAUGGUCACUCGUGCGAAGCGUCUUCGGGGCCAGGAGCUGACGGAAGUGCGCCCGAGCAUAAGACUUGCCGCCACGUCUGCUCUCAGCAAGAAAGACUGCGAGAAAGCUGCGAGCGUGGUCAAAACUGCCUUCAUCAAGGUUGUAGGCAGGCAUCGUAAAUGAACUAAUGUUUCCUCUUGGUUUGUUAGUGACAUAAUACUGUAAUGUUAUUGUAAUGCAGGGGUUUAAUGAUUCGC